UGGCGCCAGUGGCGAUGAUCACGGUGACGGAGGAGAUAGGCCACGACCUGCACAUGGUGACACGAUGCGCGCCGACGGGGCAGGGGGCGAUCACCGCACAGCAGUAGAUGACGCUCGAGAUGGAGUGCAUGAUGAUGGUUCACGACCUGUCUCGGGCGGUGACCUGAGGCGCUUGAAACGCGGACCAAGGGAAAAAGACACUAUCGCUUCACGUGUGCGCAAACGUCAUGGUGAGGACUCUUUCAACGAUCACGGCGGCGAGGAGCGAAUCGAGCUGCAUGGCGGGAGCGGUCAUCCACGAGGUGACACUUCGAGUAUGCACGCGACAGCUCCGAUGGGGCCGUCCGCAGCAGUCCCAGAAUCGCAACAGGGUCCAGCACCAUUGAUGCGUCAUCCCGAGGUUCAGGGAGAGAUCAGUCCUCUCCCGGCAGUGCGGGACGAGGGUUCUGUCGGUGCACUGCAUCCACUCACGUCUGUCGGAUCGGCAGUCUCAGUUGCAGCGACCUCGGAUGUGGGACAACCACUGGCAGCGGCGGAGCAAGAAAGUAUGCUCCCACCUCGCAGUGUUCAACCGCGGCCACCGCCUGCAUUGAUGGAGGGGAGUCAGGGGACCGUUGUUGUGUGUCAAGGCGACGAUCUCCCKGAAYRUGAUAUCUCACACACUCCCGCAGCCGAGCAGAGCGCCGCAGACCAUGUCGGCCUCGCAUGCCCCACCGGCAGUCUUCUGACCAUGGACUCUGCGCUCGUUUCUCUACGGGACUUGUCGACGUUGAUAUCCCCAGGUCUACCCCAUGUGUCACCGCCCAAGCCACAACAGCCUGUUGUCAUGGAGCGUGGAUCGGACGGGUUUGACGUGGCAGGAGGCGAUAUCGCCGAUAUGAUUACGAGCCCAAUGGUGUCUGCCACGCCCACAAUUUUUCGUGUUGGCAAACUACGCGAGGUGGCCCUUGGUUUGGCGGAGACGGCGACGCGACACCGCGCGCGACGGUCAGCGCAACAUCUCACAACGCAGUCUUUCUCAUUCGUUUGACGGCGCAGAGGAAGGGUCUCAUGGUGGGCCAGUUGACACACUCGAAAGAGAAGCAAGACCCCCAAGUCCGCCGUCAAACUCAGAG